CGGAGACAGAGACAGAGAGAGAGAGAGAGAGAGAGGGCGAAUGAGGGAGGGAAAGACUUGGAGGUGAACAGUCUGUGUAGAGCAGGUUGAAAAGACUGAGCCGACUCUGGACUCUGGACCUGUUGGAGUCUUGACUCUGCCGGACCUGGAACAUGUCUGAAGAUGCCGGCACUGUUUUUGCUGUUUCCUUCCUUCGUGUUUUGGACUUGUUGUCCUGCUGAGAGGCCGGAAUGCAGAGUGUCAGGAAUGAGGAAGGCCCCAUUCUUGAAAAUUAAAAAAACAAUAAUUGUCAUUCUAAGCACUGGAAGUGCCUGCCCCAGCAACCAACCAAAAAUGUUCUCCCGCAAUCGCUUCAAUGGCCAGGAUGGGACAGGUGUGGCACAGUAUAGCCGACCCAAGAACAAGACUGUGGUGCCCAAGAGGAGGCAGCCAAAUCCUAGAGUGGCCCUUGUGCUACGAGGGAAGAUCCAUCGCCUUCUCCAAGGUUCUACUGACCACUCUGUCCAGGCUUCAAGUCUCUACUAUGCAGGGAUUGAAGAGGAAGAUGAAGAAGAGACAGAGGAUGUGGGCGAGAUGCAAGACUACUAUAGGAGGGGAAGGACUUCGGUUGAGGCCUGCAGUCCUCCUCAAGUUCCAAAUGGACAAGGACACAGUGAUGUUGCUCAGGCAUGUUGUGUAGGAGAGGUCGAGUUGAACCGAGAGGGUGGUAUCAGAAUUCCCUGCACCUUGCAACACAGUAAUCCAACAGAGUUGCAAAGCCAGACGGCUCAAGAUCUCAAUGGAGCUGGGUUUGCUUUUGGCGGUGGGCUUGCUGGUGGGGCGUCCAUGUAUCAGAAAGACUCUCUGCUUUAUCAGUUUAACAUGGCUGUCCAGGAAAAAAUUGUGGAGGAAAAUGAGGAAACAGAGGAAGAAUCAAGUGCCAUUAUUGAGCAUAUAUUGAAGGAACUAAGGGGCAUCAAUAAAAUCCAGGAAGAAAUUUCAGACCUGCGGGAGUACCUGUCCUCUGUUCGUGGGUCUGUUGAAGAGGUGUCCAGCUGUGUAGAUGCAGUUUUAAUGGAGAUUGAGGGCAUUCGUUCAGGUACGAAAACAGGUAUGGAGUCGUGGCCUGGGGCUGCAUCCAGGGACUUACUUUCCCACAAUCACAGAUCUCAGAGUCCUUUCACUAAGGGUUGUAACAGACCCCAUUCUGUUGAAUGCACAAAUGUAAGUAGUAGUAUGCAAGCAGGGCGCGAAGCUGCUUUGCAUGAUGAGAUCCAGUGCAAAGAAUCGUGUUCCCAGGAAUCAGAAUUCAGAAGACAAAGGCUGUCCAGUAUGGCUUCAUCUACCUUCACCAGUACUGAUGAUAGCGUCCACAAUAUAUGUAAGCAAGAUGUCCCUGAACAGAGUUCAGACAUACCUCUGGACACAGGGAGAAGGAAGCUAAGCUUUGGCUACCUUGAGCGCCAAGAUGGGCAGGACUGUCCGAGUACCAGCUCUCUUUCCUCAGGUCAAAGCUCAAAGUCUGACUCUGACCAUGAGAGACCUUCCUCUAGAUUAGUGCAUGGUACCAGUGAAGAACAGAACUGGAACCAGACAGGGCUGAAAAAUAGUGGAAGUGGAGAGACAAGAUGGAGUGAAGAGGAACUGUACUCCAGACAAGGCAGUUUUGAAGAGGCAGAUGGUUGCAUUGGAGAAGUAGACACCUGGGACCCUUCUAGGGAUGAAGCUGCUUGUAUUGCACUAGAAGAGGCAACAAGAAUAAGCCUGGAGCACGUUUCCAUUUCAUCCAGUCGGCACUACAAUUCUCCUGCUAGCACAUGCAGUAGGGAAGAAUGGCAUGGGUAUGCCAGUAGACCAAAUCAAUGUGAGAUGCACGUACAUUUUGAGGGACCAGAUCUGGAGUAUAGUGAGUGUGUGGCUGUUGGUGAUUAUUCUCAGAAUUCUGAAUACCAAGCAUCCCAAUUUUAUGAGGAUGAUAGACAGCCCUGUACCUCUUCUCUGAGCUCAAAUCCAAAUUUCACUGCUACCGAUGAUGAUGGACACUUCACGGCAUCUUCAUAUGAGAACUGCACAAGUCUCACUUUUAAUGGAGAGUCUUCAAAGGGUUUUGUUGGUCCGGCUAACACUGCACCCCUAAGGAAUCGGAAAGCCCAGUAUUCAACAAACUCUGAUCAGUACAUGCCUGGUACUGGCGAGGGAAGCAAUGUGGGAUUUACAGUUAGAAGGUUUAGCAGGGCAGUGCUAGAUUUUAAAUCUGCGUUGAAGGGGGCUCUAAAGAAGCUGGAGGCAACUGGUGCAACCUCACCAGUAGAAAAAGCAGGUGCUUAUGUGCCCAUGUUCACAUAUGAUGAGCCUCAGGUAACUGUACACUUUCCUGAGAGUGGGACAUCCAGUGAAGAAGCACCUCAGAUGGAAACACCUUUUGAAACUCCUCAAACAGACAUGGCAGUCACCACUUUGGAGGAAUCCCAAGUUGAAAGGACUGACACUGCUUGUGUGGAGGCAAGGGAAAGCCCCUCUAACUCAUCAAACCCUUGCAAUACUGUUCAGGAACCAGCAGAGGGCAGUUUAAAGACCUUUUCUCAGCAGAAUAGCAAGUCUUUGUGUACCCCUCUUUCCCCUGAAUUAGAUCCCCCAAAUGAUACAGCAUUGCAUACUACUGAAGUCACCCUACCAGACUGUCCUACCACUGAGUCACUAUCAGCCUCACUCUCAGCUGAAGAGCCCAUACUUCUUGAGGAGCAAGAAGAACCAAAAGGGGAACCCACAGAGGAACAACAGCCACAAGAAGAGAACAGCUUCACUGUAGAGGCUAGCAGAGAGGAAAGAGAGCACCCCCUACAGCUCAGUGAGAGGGAUGUUCGGAGGCUGAAAUGCCUGAGGAGCUUCCAGCAGAUCCUUCGGGAGAAGAGAGAGAGUAGAAGACAUCUCGGCAUGGUGACCAUGUUCUCAUUUUCCGAGGACGACUUCAACCAAGACGCCAGCCGAGACGAAGAUCAGCAGGCUCAGAGUAAUGAUGGAGGCCCCAGCAGACAGGCGUGGACCAGACAGCCCGGUGGAGGGGGUAUAUUUGGUAUCGACAGCAUGCCUGAUCUCCGGAAGAAGAGGCCGGUUCCUCUGGUCAGCGAUGUGGCCAUGUCUCUGGUCCAGUGCAGGAAGGCUGGUAUCUCGUAUGCUCUGCAGUCUCGUUCUUCACUCAAAGACGAGGAGCUGAAGACCCAUGUGUAUAAGAAGACCCUGCAGGCUCUGAUCUACCCCAUCUCCUGCACCACGCCUCAUAACUUCGAGGUCUGGACGGCCACCACGCCGACCUACUGCUAUGAGUGCGAAGGGCUGCUGUGGGGGAUCGCCCGGCAGGGCAUGCGCUGCUCUGAGUGCGGGGUCAAAUGUCACGAGAAGUGCCAGGAGCUCCUCAACGCCGACUGUCUACAGAGAGCGGCGGAGAAGAGCAGUAAGACCGGAGCUGAAGAUCGCACCCAGCACAUCAUCUCAGCCAUGAAGGACCGAAUGAAGAUCCGCGAGAGGAACAAGCCGGAGAUCUUCGAGGUGAUCCGAAGCGUCUUCACCAUCAGCAAACUGAAUCACGCCCAGCAGAUGAAGACCAUCAAGCAGACCGUCCUGGACGGAACCUCCAAGUGGUCCGCCAAAAUCUCCAUCACAGUACUGAGCGCUCAGGGUCUGCAGGCUAAAGACCGGACCGGCUCCAGCGACCCGUACGUGACAGUGCAGGUUGGGAAGACCAAGAAGAGAACCAAAACCAUCUACGGCAACCUCAAUCCAGUUUGGGAGGAAACCUUCAACUUCGAGUGCCAUAACUCGUCUGACCGUAUAAAGGUGCGCGUGUGGGACGAGGAUGACGAUAUAAAGUCUCGAGUGAAGCAGAGGCUGAAGAGGGAGUCGGAUGAUUUUCUGGGCCAGAGCAUCAUCGAGGUCCGAACGCUCAGCGGAGAGAUGGACGUCUGGUACAACCUCGAAAAGCGCACGGAUAAGUCGGCCGUAUCCGGAGCGAUCCGGCUGCAGAUCAGUGUGGAGAUCAAAGGAGAAGAGAAAGUGGCACCUUAUCACGUACAGUACACCUGCCUGCACGAGAAUAUUUUCCACUACCUGAUUGACGCCGAUGGUGCGGUGAAGUUGCCGGUUGCUCGAGGUGACGAUGCGUGGAAGGUUUAUUUUGAUGAAGUGGAGCAGGAGGUCGUGGACGAGUUCGCCAUGCGCUACGGCAUCGAGUCCAUCUACCAGGCCAUGACACACUUUGCCUGUCUCUCCUCUAAGUAUAUGUUACCUGGUGUUCCUGCAGUAAUGAGCACUCUGCUGGCCAACAUUAAUGCGUUCUUCGCUCAUCCAACCUCAGCCACCAGCGUCUCCGCCAACGACCGCUUCGCCGCCUCCAACUUCGGGAGAGAACGUUUCAUAAGGCUGCUGGAUCAACUCCAUAACUCUCUGCGCAUUGACCUGUCCACCUACAGGAAUAACUUCCCUGCCAGCAGCAAACCUCGCCUGUCUGACCUGAAGUCCACCGUAGACCUGCUGACCAGCAUCGCCUUCUUCAGGAUGAAGGUGCAGGAACUGCAGGCUCCUCCUCGAGCGGCACAUGUGGUGCGGGACUGCGUGAAGGCCUGCCUCAACUCCACGUACGAGUACAUCUUCAACAACUGCCAGGAGCUCUAUAGCAGACAGUUCCAACCCGCCAGCGAACCUGAGAAGCCGAAAGAAAAGAAAGAAGGAGAGGAAGAAGGAGAAGGAGAGGAGGAUGAAGAGAAGGCAAAGGAGGAAGAGAGCGCUCCAGUGGAGGAGGCGGGGCCGAGCAUCCACAACCUGGACUUCUGGCCCAAACUCAUCACCCUCAUAGUGUCCAUUACAGAGGAGGAUAAACAUGCAUACACGCCUGUUAUAAACCAGUUCCCUCAGGAGCUGAACGUGGGGAAGGUCAGUGCAGAGGUCAUGUGGACGCUCUUCGCUCAGGACAUGAAGUAUGCUCUGGAAGAGCAUGAGAAGCACCGGCUGUGUAGGAGUGCGGACUACAUGAACCUGCACUUUAAAGUGAAGUGGCUCUAUAACGAGUACGUCAGAGAGCUGCCGGCGUUCUCCGACGCGGUUCCAGAGUAUCCAGCGUGGUUCCUGCCGUUUGUUCUUCAGUGGUUGUCUGAGAAUGAGGAGGUUUCUAUGGAGUUUAUGCACGGAGCUCUGGAGAGGGAUAAGAGAGAGGGGUUCCAGCAGACGUCGGAGCAUGCUCUGUUUUCCAGCUCGGUGGUGGACAUCUUCACUCAGCUCAACCAAAGCUUUGAGAUCAUCAAGAAACUGGACUGUCCUGACCCAAGCGUGGCAGCGCAGUACAAUCGACGCUUCGCCAGGACGAUCAGUAAGGUGCUGCUGCAGUACUGCACCAUCCUGUCCAAACACUUCCCCUCAUACUGCGAGAAGGAGAAGAUCCCCUGUGUGCUGAUGAAUAACGUGCAGCAGAUGAGGGUGAUGCUGGAGAAAAUGUUUGAGUUUAUGGGAGCCAAGCAGUUGGAUUCAGCAGCUGCAGAAAUCCUGAAUGAUCUUCAGGUGAAACUCAACACAGUUCUGGACAACCUGAGCGCCAUGUUUGCCAAGAGUUUCCAGGCUCGUAUCAGUGUGUGUAUGCGUCAGGUGGGGGAGAUCCUGUAUCAGAUCAAAGGGCCGCUGAACCAGAAUGCGCGAAACACUGCAGAAGCUGACGCCGUCAACGCACUGCGGCCACUCAUGGAGUUCCUGGAUGCAAAUCUGAGUAUUUUUGCGGAUCUGUGUGAGAAGACGGUGCUGAAGCGGGUUCUGAAGGAUCUGUGGAAAAACGUUCUGAUCUGCAUGGAGAAAACCAUCGUCCUGCCACAGAGCAGCGACAGCAUCGGGGCUCAGUUACUUACAGCUGCCAAAGAGCUCUCCAAACUGAAGGGGGCAGAGCCCAAGACCCUCUCUCCCAGACAGUGCGCCAUCAUGGAGGUGGCACUGGACACCAUCAAGCAAUUCUUCCAUGCCGGUGGUGAUGGACUGAAAAAGUCGUAUUUAGAGAAAAGCUCUGAGCUGUCGUCUCUGCGUUACGCUCUGUCUCUCUACACACAGACCACCGACGCUCUGAUCAAGACCUUCAUCACCACUCAGCACACACAGGUGCAUAACGGCAUGGGCAUCAGGAUCACCCCCAAAGAGACCGUGCGGCCUGACCGAGGAUCUGGAGUGGAGCAGCCAAUAGGGGAGGCCGUGAUUCAGGUGGAUAUGGCACCCCCUGCUGCCAACACUGAGCAGAAGCUCACUGUCAAAGUGAUUGCGGUGAACGAUAUGAAGUGGCAGACCUCUGGACUCUUCCGGCCCUUCGUGGACGUAAACCUGGUCGGCCCACUGCUCGCAGAUAAGAAGCGGAAAUUUACGACCAAAUCCAAAAACAACUGCUGGACUGCCAAGUACAACGAGGCCUUUCAGUUUGUGUUGGGUAAAGGGGUGAGUGUGGAGUGCUACGAGCUGCAGCUGACGGUGAAGGAUUACUGUUUUGGGCGAGCGGACCGCGUGGUGGGGCUGACCGUGCUGAAGCUGAGGGACGUGAUGGACCGGCGUAGCUGCGUGUGCUGGUGCCCCCUGGGGGCCAAAAUCAGCACUGACCAGACCGGACAGAUCACCCUGAGCAUCCUCGCUCAGAGACACGCAGACGAGAUCUCCAAGGAGUUCGUGAGACUGAAGACCGAGAGCAGGCCGGCAGAGGAGGGCAGGUAGAGAGACAGAGAGAGAGAGAGAGAGAGGGAGAGAGAGAACCAGAGAGAGUGGAAAAAGCAAAAGAGAAAGAGAGAGAAAGAAAGGGAGAGUGGAGAGGGAGAGAAUCGGAAAGGAGUGUCAGAAAGAGAGAGAGAAAGGAAAGGAAUAGAUGAAUCAGCAGAGAGAGGAGGAGCUGUUCCUCUCUCACUCCCUCCUCUCUCUGACAGAUGCCGUGAAUGGAGGGAUGAACGGACGGUGGAGAGAUCCUCUCUGCUGCUCUGUGUUUAGCCAUUAGCUCUAGUCUCUGCUGCUCUCUGCUGGACUCUGUCGGGGUCUUCAUGAGUGAUGAUGUCACUCCGAUGAGUGGGCACCAACGCUAACAUUAAGAGACCGCGUGUGUGUGUGUGUCUGUGUGUGUCUGUGUGUGUGUGUGUGUGUGUGUCUGUGUGUGUGUGUGUGUGUGUGUGUGUGUGUGUGUGUGUGUGUGUGUCUGUGUGUGUGUGUGUGUGUGUGUGUGUGUGUGUGUGUUUGUGUGUGUGUGUGUGUGGAAUGAACUAUGAUUUCUUUUCGCCAAACUCGGAGCCUUUCGGCUCCGUCUACACUGUUUUCUAUUGGUGGCCUUAAUAAGGGGCGGGGUUAUUGUUAAAGGGGUGGAGCUUCUGUUAGUCUCAGUUCAUUUAAUAACAUGCCAGUUAUUAUAAAAUAACCAUUAUGUCCUCAUGAUGUCAUAAGCUCCUGAUGCUCUUGCCACAUGGCCAGUGUGGGCGGAGACUGGAUGUGAUAAACUAGCCUUCAUAAACUGACCGGUAGACAUUUUUACAAGCAAAUUACAUUUGCAGAAAUAAAUGCACAAACAUUCCACAUGUGAAACUUCAAGGUCAAGCAAGUUCACCAUUGACCAAUAGCAACACUGGUCCGCUCGAAGGUCAGGGGUCGGCAUAGCAGCACAGAUCUAAAGGCUAGUGCUAAUUUUAGCCUGAUGUUUUAUCAGAUGAAUGAGUUAGCUGGCUUGCUAACAACCAACUCAUACAGCGUCCUCACCUAAUUCUCCCCAGCUCAGUGCUAACUCACUGCUGAAGUGCUAACAGCACCAGUUUCCUUUUUUCCAGUGCUGUAGUGGACAUGAUAAUGUCCAGACUGCCUUCACUCUAAGCUGAAUGGCCAAGUGCUCUGUCCUCUCUGUCACAGUAGGCACGAUUUAAACGCUGCCGGACCCUGACCAGUCCAGAUUUAGCAGAUCUGAUUUACUUGAAUUUUAACUCCAACUCACACAAACGCUCCACUGCUUUUGCCAUUUUUAUGUCACUUUAAGGGAACCAACCAAUAAGCAUUCACACAGUGCUAACUGCCCCAGUCACGUAUCGUCCACUGCCCUUGGUCAAUCCCUGAAGCUGGUUGGCCGUUAUUGUCUAAAAGAUCUGAUGGACAGGUCAUCUAGAAGCUCCAGCCAGUGGAAGUGGAGAUCACUGUGUGAACUUUGUGCCAAGUAGAUUGUGAUUAAGAGUGAUUUCUUAAUAGUUUCUCCUCAUUAAUGCGGACGGGUGGGUGAGGGAAGCGCUACUGUUCCAGCAUGUAUUUACUGUACACAGUGUCUACAGCUACGGCUUUUAUUUUACAUGUUAUUUUACGUACUGUCCAAAAUGUGGAAUAAAAUCUUAUUUAUUUAGUUAUGACUGACCUACUGUAGAGAUGAUCACAAUGGAACUGUUGAAUAUACUGUAUCAAUAUGUGAAAUUUUCUAAAUAAAAGAUUUAUCAUGAA